GUGACCUCUGUGAUUCUAUAUUGUCUCCAGCUGCGACUUCAGCUGCUCAGAAGAACCAGGUAGAACCCAGAGGAACCAGGUGGGACCAGAGGAACCAGGUAGAACAAGAGGAACCAGGUAGAACCCAGAGGAACCAAGAGGAACCAGAUGAAGAUGCAGUGGGUGGUGUUGAUGUACUUCCUGUCGUCUCUGCUGGGCGGCGACGCGGCGCCGGCAGGAGAUGAGGUGACCUUCCUGCCUGGUCUGCAGAAGCAGCCGAGCUUCAGACAUUACUCUGGUUACCUGAGCGUGGCCGACGGAAAGCACCUGCACUACUGGUGGGUGGAGUCCCAGAACGAGCCGACCUCUGACCCGGUGGUGCUGUGGUUGAACGGCGGCCCCGGCUGCAGCUCUCUGGACGGACUGCUGACCGAGCACGGCCCCUUCCUGAUCCAGGAUGAUGGAGUGACUUUGCAGUACAACCCUUAUUCCUGGAACAAGCUAGCCAACGUGUUGUACCUGGAGUCUCCAGCAGGAGUUGGUUUCUCGUACUCUGAUGAUAAGAAUUACGUGACGAACGACACGGAGGUGUCGAUGAACAACUUCCUGGCUCUGAGGGAAUUCUUCCGCUUGUUCCCAGAGUUCAGCAAGAACGACCUCUUUCUGACCGGAGAGAGUUACGGAGGAAUCUACAUCCCGACGCUGGCGGAGCGAGUGAUGGAGGACGCCACGCUCAACCUGCAGGGCGUUGCCGUGGGAAACGGUAUGUCGAGUUACGAGAUGAACGAUAACUCUCUGGUGUUCUUCGCCUACUACCACGGCCUCUUGGGCAGCGGGCUGUGGCGCCGGCUGCAGACGUUUUGCUGCAGCGACGCCACGUGCAACUUCUACAACAAUCAGGACCAGAACUGCUCUGCCAGCGUGUCGGAGGUUCAGGAGGUCGUCUACAGUUCAGGUCUGAACAUGUACAACCUGUACUCGUCAUGUCCAGGUGGAGUCGGACACAGGGUCAGUGUGGAGCGAGGCGACCUGGUGAUCCGGGAUCUGGGGAACUCGUUCACCAAUCACCAGUGGACUCAGCUGUGGAACCAGAAGCUUCGAGUUCUGGCAUCUCGCCACCUGUCCGUCCGCCUGGACCCCCCCUGCACAAACUCCACCCCCUCCUCCCUCUACCUGAACAGUCCGUACGUCAGAGCCGCGCUGCACAUCCCCCCCGAGCUGCCGGCCUGGGUCAUCUGCAGUGCGGAGGUGAACCUGAACUAUGGUCGUCUGUGUCUGGACGUGAGGAAACAGUAUCUGAAGCUUCUCUCUGCUCUGAAGUACCGGGUCCUGGUGUAUAACGGAGACGUGGACAUGGCGUGUAACUUCAUGGGAGACGAGUGGUUCGUUGAGUCUCUGCAGCAGCAGGUGCUGGUUCAGAGGCGUCCGUGGUUCUACAGCGAUGAAGACGGGCGGCAGGUCGGAGGCUUCGUCAAAGAGUUCAACAACAUGGCCUUCCUCACAGUCAAGGGCUCAGGUCACAUGGUUCCAUCAGAUAAACCAGUCGCUGCCUUCGCCAUGUUCACCAGAUUCAUCAAGAGACAACCCUACUGACGGGGGGGGCACCAGCCUCCUGCCAGCCAAUCAGCACAGCUCUCCACUGUGUUGCCCGGCGACCAGGUCCCUGCAGGAGGAAACGAAACUCAUCUGGUUACUUGUGUGGUUGUCAUGGAAACGCUCACUGCCAUCAGUGUCUUUAAUGUGAAACUUCUUCUGCUGUAUGUGUUUGGUUUAAGAACCAGUUCAAUAAAGUUUGAGAUAAAAAGUCGUUGUUUCUUUUGAACUGAACCUGAUAUGGUGCAACCAGGGAUGAUCCUUUCUGCAGCCGAUGCCGUUCAGAUGUUGUGGUUCCACUGGUGCAUCUCAGACGGAAAGUGUUGUAGUGGUCUUCGUUCCUCUCUGGAAAAUGUCUCCUUCUCAGUUGCCACCAGUUUGUUUGGAAUGACACGAAAAUGGCUACAGGCCGAACCCCCAACAGAGACAGACUGGAUAGAUAUUGUAACUGAUGUUCAAAAUAUGGAGAGAAUGACCUUUUCGCUGAAUCUAUGGUUUGAUAAAUUUUUGCAGUUUUGGGAAAAAUGGAUUGUGUUUGUGACCUCACAGGAGCAUCACUGAUCUGUUACUGUGUGAAUUGACUUAUUUCCAUCAAUGUACCAUCAGUAUAAAUGUAUAGGUGACCAACUUUUUGUUCCUUGUAUGUAUGUCCUUGUUUC